CUUUUGGCUUCCAGAUUCAAUAACCCCUUCUGUUCACUUUUACAAGUCGCAUUGGGUGAUUUAACCGUCGGAGAAUAAUCUCAAUUUCUUCUGCUAUCUCGAUGACACUCUAUUGAACGUUCGCAUGCGCUGAGACUGCUUGUCGCGAUUGCUAUUCGACGGGUCUUGAAGUAAGCUACUUCUGGGACACCUCAAGUUGCAUCUCGCCUCCAUACCGACCUUCAGAUCCGCUAAACUGUGUCUAACUACGUGUAGGACUCUAGCAGCGAUGGCUGAGCUUCAGACCAUCUUCAAAAAGGCCUACUGGACGCUGGCCGCCGGUGGCCUGUUCUAUGUGAUCUUCGUCUGUGCCAUGACGUAUCCCGUAGUCCAGAGAUUUGCUCUCUACGUGAAUAAGGUCAAUCCCACUCGCUGGCAGGACGUCAACUUGGUGGAGUCCUUCGGCUUUCUCAAAACCCAGGUCCAACCCUUCAACCUGGUGACUCCUGACAACGAAACGCUGUACGGAUGGCAUCUUCUGCCUCUGCACCUGUGCCAUGAGCAUGAGAAGGAGCUGAAUGCGAAUGAGCCAGACGGACCAGCAGACGACUAUACUCAAACCCCUGCAUUCAAACUCCUUAAAAAUGAGCCAAAUGCCAGGGUAGUAGUUAGCUUCCACGGCAAUGCUGCUCACCUCGCUUCCGCUCAGCGACCAGACAUCUACCGACAGGUCCUUGGUCUAUCCACACCCCAGAACCCUGUCCAUGUGUUUGCCAUCGACUACCGCGGGUUCGGCCUUUCAACCGGUACACCCACGGAAGAGGGUCUAAUCACCGACGGCGUCUCCCUACUCAACUAUCUCACCUCCGGCCCAUUGCACAUACCUCCUUCACGUAUAGUAAUCAUGGGCCAGAGCCUAGGCACGGCCGUCAGCGCCGCAGUGGCUGAGCGCUUCGCAUUCGGCUCCCCAGAUCCCACCGUCAUACAACCGACACUGAAAGACCCGGAGCCCUUCGCGGGCGUCAUCCUGCUCGCGUGCUUCAGCAACGUCCCAAGCCUCAUCGACUCCUACAGCAUGAAGGGAAUCACACCUCCAAUGCUCUCUCCACUGAACGCCUACCCUCGUGUACAGAACUGGGCCAAAAGCCAUAUCAUUGAUCGCUGGGACACCGCCGCACGAGUCGCACGUCUAUCCGGAGUCAACACCACAGCCAAGGACGACCCUAACCCCGCAUACACAGACAAGGGCCUCGACCUCUUCAUCAUUCAUGCAUCAAAUGAUGUCGAAAUCCCCUGGCAGGAAGACCGUCGUGUCUGGGCCGCCGCCACAGGCGAAACCAUCAAGAAUGCCCCGGGGAAGCUAAUCCACUCGAAAAGGGACUCUAACGGGCCCAACGAGGUACAAAUCUGGGAGAACCAAUCGACCAAGGACGCUGCAGUAGUUAAACGUGUCCGAUGGGAGCGUGUGAGCCAUGGUGGCCACAACCGCGUCGCGACCUUCUCCGUCGCCGCUCUUUCCGUCCUCCGGGCCUUUGAGAAGUGAAUGACCUCAACAUUACCCACCCACACCUAUUACUAGUACAGUCUAAAUCCACGGCCAGAUCAGACCCUGACUCAC